ACAACACAAAAGUCGAAACCACCAGCUCCGCCCAAUUACCUGCGCAAACAACGUCGCGGACCCGCGGCUCAGCGCCUCUGUAUUCUCGAUGUCGAACACGAUAUAGAAAGCCUCCGGGAUUCCGUUUCAGGCGCCGCCCUCCGCCGCAAUGGCCUCGUCGAUACCCGACGUCGCGACCCUUACGUCGUCAGCCCAGAUCUUCUCCUCAAACAAGACCCUGCCGCAGAUCCGCGCGAUACACAAGGCGCUCCAUGUGCAGGUCGAGGAGAAGUCGAGCCGCCUGCGCACGCAGGUCGGCAGCUCGUACCGCGAGCUCUUAGGCACAGCCGACACAAUCGUCCAGAUGCAUGGCGACAAUGACCACGUCCAGGAGCUCUUGGGCAAGAUCGGCGGCCGCUGCGGGCGCGCGGUGGUGGCGGCCAAGGCGACCGGCCUGGCCAAGUUCGUGGCCAACGAGCGCAACGAGGACAUGAGCAGGGCUGCACGCCUCAAGCUGCUGAGCGGGUGCGGGCUCCUCGUCGGUCGGAUACUCAAGGGGCAGGUGGCUGGCCUGGAAGAACAUGCCAAGAGGGGCGACAGGCUCCUGCUGGCGGCCAAAGUCUGGGUGCUGAUCCGGCUUCUACUCAAGGGCUUCGAGGAGGAGGCCGACGGCGUCAGCGGGACCCCUAAACUCGACCUAGGGGGCGCCUUCAGAUCUCGGGACUCGCUUCGCCGGCGGCUCAACAGUGCGAUCAAGAAGGUGAUAGAGAAUGCCAGCGACGACGCAGAGAGGGAGGAUAUUCUCAAGGCGCUCUGCGCACACUGCCUUGUCGCCAGCUCUGGUGCGAGCGAUGCCCUCCGCUAUUUUCUCUCCGCGCGAGCAGAGGCCAUGGCGCUGGCAUUCGACGUGGAAGGAGACGGACGCGCGACGACCACUGAAGACGUCGUGCACAGCUUGAGACUCUACACGAAGACAAUCCUGGACGUUCAGGCUCUUGUACCCGCGAAGCUCUCGCCAGUUCUGGCGAGCCUCAAGAGCCGGCCGCUGCUCGCGGAUCCCGCUCUCAAGCAUCUCGAGGGAUUGCGGUUGGACCUAUACCAUAGAUGGUGCAGCGAGGAGCUACAGUACUUCACACCCUUCGUUCGGCACGACGACCUCGAUGGGAAGCUAGCCAGAGAGAGGCUCACGAGCUGGGCGACAAAGGGUGGCCAGGUCCUCCUCGAUGGCUUGAGGAAGACGCUGGAACACAUGGCGGAUUUCAAGUCCAUCAUGGAGCUCCGGACAGAGGUGCUCCAGCUUUGGAUCCGCGACGGCGGCAGGGCCAGAGGGUUCGACCCGUCGGACAUGCAGGACGAUCUUCGUGACGCCAUCAACUCUCGCAUGCUGGCAGUGCUGGAAACCAAGGUCACGAAGCUACGCCUAGUCGGGUCCGAAGUCCGAGCCACGCUCGAGGGAUGGCGGGAAGGCUUCACGGACAAGCAGCUGGGCCUGUGGAACGAGAGCGGCUACGACGAGGCCCUCGCAGCCGGCGCCGCGUCGUUUGUACAGGAGGUCACGUCUCGACUCUACGGUCGAAAUGAUGCGGUGUCCAAGGCGGCACAUUCGUACAGCAGCUGGUACCACGUCAUUGACGAUGUCGAGGGCGUAGUUGAACUACUGAGAAAGCAGCGCUGGGACAACGACUACGACGAAAUCGAAGACGAAGAGACCAUUGAGGCGAGGCAGCAGGCACUGAGCAAAGACGAUCCGCGCAGGUUGCAGGAGAAACUGGACGCGACGCUCGACACAUCUUUCGAGGAGCUGCAACAACAGCUAGGCAAGCUUUGGGAGGAAAAGGCAGACAGCACCACAAAUGGUGCGGUUGCAAUGUACCUGGUGCGCGUUCUCAGGGAUAUUCGCGCGGGACUGCCGGACCGGCCAUCCAUCAAAAGCUUUGGGCUGUCCAUGGUCCCCGAGCUGCACAGCAAGAUUGUCACCAGCGUCUCCGCCCAGGCGUUGGGCGAGUUCAUCGGCACCUUUCUGUCGAGCAGACGGGUGCCUGGCAGAGCACUCUGGGAGGGGGAGCCUGCGCUGCCGAUUCAGCCAUCGCCCGGACUUUUCCAAUUCUUGCAGGAGCUGUCGCUGUCGAUGACCGAUGCGGGAGUUGACCUGUGGACCCCAGUGGCCGUUGUGGCCAUGAAGAAGCACCUCUGCGAGCGGCUAUGCGAAUCAUGGCGCAAGGAAUUGGCGACUCUUGCGGCGGAGCCGUCAGAUCAACUCGAGACCAAGAAGAAGGACAGUGCCAAAGGCAAGGAGGCGGAGAAGGAGGAGGAAAAGGAAUUGGGCCAGGCGGAGUCUCAGAACGAGAAGGAUUCCGAGUUGGAGACAGCAUCGGCUGGCGACCAGAUCCGAGACGUCAGCACGCAGUGGCAUUUUGACGUUGCCUUCCUGGGCUGCUCCGUUGGCACCAUUUCGGGAACGACUUCAGAGGGCCUCCUCAAGAAGCUGGAGGAUGACUUGUACGAGCUUUCAGGGGUGUCCGAUGAGUCGUCGCGCCAACGCAUUACCAAGGCGGCGCAAGAUUACUGGCACCGGACAAGCCUCUUGUUCGGGCUGCUGGCAUAGCGCAGACCAGAUAGGAUAUAAAAGACGGCAAAGCACAGCCAUGUACCAUUGCUGGGCUCAUCAGAGUGACGAUUUAUAUUUACAGACAUGUGCGUCGCUACCCGAGCGAGCGCUCCACCGGGAGGUGGCCCAUCACAACUUGUGUCGCUUCUCGCCGCUGGCCAGCUUGCGGAACUCCUCCUGGGGGAUGCCCUUGACGAAGCGCUCGAGCCCGGCGAAGACCUCGUGGACGUUUGCCUGGUGGAUGGUCUCGAGUUCAGGGCGGCGGAUGAGCUUCUUGAUGCCGAGGAGGCUCUCGCCAAUGAGGUGGUCCCCGAGCCGGUCAUCCACCUCGGCGAGCACGCGCUCCCUAAAUGCGGCGUCCUCGCCCUUGGGGUAGUCGAAGACGGCGUUGAGGAAACCCGCGGCGAGGAGCUCCCCGGCGGGGAUGCGCCUGCUCAUGAUGAGGGC